AUGGCCAUACCCCCAACCUACCAUGAUUCAGACGCAGACGACGAGUACGAGAGGAGCGUUAUGACCUCACCCCUCCUUGCUACCGAUGAUGAUGCCUCUCCUACCGACUCUGACCCUCCCUCGACCGAGCCUACACCUACCACGUUGGGACACAAUAUUGACGUGGGAAAGCUGUCGCCUGGGAAUACAGUUGUGGGGUGGACAACAGAACAAUGCGCAGACUACAUUUCCAGUCUGGGGCUGCCGCAGUAUUGUGACAAAUUCUUAGAGAACGAGAUCGUCGGUGAAGCGCUGAUAGCCUUACGCCAUGAAGAAUUGAAGGAAAUGGCCAUCAUCAGUGUUGGGCAUAGACUCACUAUCCUCAAGGGCGUCUAUGAUGUGAAGAUCAAGCAAGAUAUACCGAUAGACUCGGACCAUUGGAUACCGCCAUCCGCCGAUGCGAUGGCUCAAGAUCAGACCGCCACCAGAGAUGACAUCUCCCGCAUCAUAAAGUCAAUCGAAAUACGUGACCACCGCAUUCAAGCAGCCGAAGCUGAAUUGCGGAAGAUCACCGACGAGUACCGGCGACUACGAGACGAGCUUCUGCCUAUCUUCAGGAUGGCAAAAGACUACUCCCAACCAUUACCUUACCAUCCCAACAACAACCACAGUCCCAAUCAUCACGAAGAUGGGAUGUCACCAAUGGUAUCACAGCUGCCACCGGAGCAAAAGAUUGGCAGCAGCUUAUCCCGCAAGUUCUCCACCAAACGAUUGUUCCUCGGCGGCACGCCGAAGAGCAGUUCCCCGACCCAUAUACCCCAGUCUAUACCCGAAGGUCGUCAGGCUGAUACGUCACUCGAUCCUUCUGCAGCCGCCGUCGCAGCGUCGAAUCAUCUUACUACCACCGCCAUGGGAGGCUCUCAAGCUUCUACAUCACCAUCGCAAGCAAACAUACCUUCACCGACCUCUCCAAAUACGUACGCCAAUCAACCCACCCUCCACCAACGCACCUACCGCGAUCAGCAACCAUCGAGUGGCGGCUCUCGAACCAUCUAUUCCCACGCCGAAGACUCACAAGGCUACACAUCCUCAGUCUCUACAUUCACCUCCGAUCGAGACCGCGACCGCAGCAACCCAACACCUACCCCGGGCAGCCAGCGAAACCGUGGUCCACCUCCUGAGCCAUACCAGCAAUCCCAACCACAGCGGCAACAGCAACAGCAGCAGCAGCAACAACAACAACAACAACAACAGCAAAUGCAAGAUGAACCAUCUUCCUCCGCAGGCAACAACCGCGAACCCUCGGUCAAUAUCUUCAAAUCCUUCCGCGUCAGCAUGGAAGAUCCCUGCGAGAGGGUCCUUCCGGCAGCUCUCAAAAAAUACAACAUCAACGCCGACUGGAAGAACUACGCACUAUACAUUGUGUACGGCGAUCAAGAGCGGUGUCUAGGGUUACGAGAGAAGCCGUUGAUACUGUUCAAGCAACUGGAUAAGGAGGGAAGGAAACCCAUGUUCAUGCUGAGGAGGCAUGCGGCACCCUUGGAGGGGCAUAGCGGGCCCACAGGCAGUGGAGGUGGGCAGGGUGUGGGUGUGGGUGGUGGAGGGGGAGGGUAUGACGCGGGAGGAUUGGGGAACGGGAGGGGGCACCAGAGUAGCAUUCAGUUACCCGGGGGAGUCUUAUGA